AUGGGUGACUGUUUCCGUUUCUGGGGCGGGAGGAACGGCAAGAGCUACAGCGGCGCCAGGCAGUUCUGUCAGCAGGACGGAGGAGACAUCUACAUGUGGAGGGAUGCUGAUGAUGUCGCUAGACUCAAGACCAUACUGAUCAGCACUGGCGCCCCAAGUAUGUGGGUAGGACUGAGUGAUGAGGACGUGGAGGGAACCUGGGUGUGGGCUGACGGGACGGUCUUGGGUGGAAACGACUUUACCGACUGGUUCCCCGACCCGCCGGUCAACAUGCCCGGGAAGGACUGCGUCGUCGCGCGGAAGUCGACCCAGUACCGCUGGAGAGCCGCGCGGUGCUCUACGCGGAGGGCCUUCAUCUGCCACACACAGCCGUAA